AUGUCGCGAUCCCUACCCAAGAAAAAUAACCCACUGAUCCUCGCCGACGUGGCUCCCGCCUGUAAGUUUCACCUCGCGGCGCGCGCGGUCUCGCACAAGGUCUCUCUGAUCCAUUAUCUUAUUCCCACGAAGCCUUGUCUAACUUGUCUCCUGUUACCUUUCGUGUUCGUAGAUGAAGAUCUCGUUACGCGUCGCUGCCUUAUGAGGACCUGCCUUUCCGUUGAGCCGGAACUAAUCGGUACCAAUAAUGCGACCAAGCCUGAGAAUCUAGGUUAUUUUGAAUAUGCCUACCUUACGUCUCCGCUCCCUGGGGACCUAAAUGGAUCCGAGAUCCAUUCCUCAAGUCAAUCUUCGGCUAGGUACUUUCUAAUUCGGAGAAGCAAGGAUGGUUUUAUCAGUGCAACGAGCAUGUUUAAGAUUGCAUUCCCCUGGGCCAAGGCCAGGGAGGAGAGGGAUGAGCGAAGGUAUCUCAUAUCCCAGAGACACACAAGCCCGAACCACGUCGCUGGCAAUAUAUGGAUAUGUCCCACGUUUGCGUUAGAGCUCGCAAAGGAAUACAAUAUGUACAAUUGGGUCCGUGCCUUGCUGGAUCCUGUUGAUAUUGUGGGCCGAAGGAGCCCAAAAAGACAUAAAAAUAUCACUCCGCCACCGAAGUUUGAGCUGCCAGUAGAUGGACCCAGUGAGUCACAGCGCAGCUGCAGCUGCCAGUCUGCUGUUUCACCAAGCAAAGACUCUACUUCUUCGUGCAUGGCCCCACUAGCUCGAUCUACAAAGGACGUGCUAAGUACUCCUUCCUCGAUCGUUGCCUAUGAAAACCUUCAAAAGACUUUCGGAGCCACCGCUUUGAUGGAGGCCACGCGGAUCACCCCUCUUCCCGCGGAGGCUGAUGCUGUUGAGAUAGAAGUGAAGGCCAGCUGGAGGGGAGAUUACCAUAUUGUCAACCCUCCCAUCGAAUUUGCCCAAUCACAGAGAGGGGAAUUCCAUAUUGUAAAUGCCCCCGUCGAAUUUGCCCACUCACAGAGAGACCCGAACAUACUCGAGGUCAAGGGCAUUGCCGCGACAGCAGAAAUAUGGUCCCAGGGCAGGGCCCCCGAACAUCAGUCGACCGGUUAG